GGAGGCCACGACUCCCCCGCCAUGAGCCGCAGACAUUGGUGGAGCCCUUCCCGGCUUCCCUCUUAUCUUGUCGAUCCGUACAUAUCCUCAACGUCGACGGGAGCAUCGCUUCUCCUCGAUUCUGGUCGACACUCAGCAACCCGCAGGUAGCGAAACUUCACUCCCUGACGAAAAACCAUGUCGAGUAAUUCUGAGCCUCCUUUGAGGCCUCACUACCCCGGAUGCUAUCGCCCUCUCGCGCCGGGAUUCAUCCGCGUCUUUGAGCUGGAACCCGGCAACCCCGCAGACCCCAUCGUGGGCCGACUGGUUUCCCAGGCAAUUGACGGGGAGGCUUACGAGGCCGUAUCGUAUGUAUGGGGCGAUCCACGACAACGGCGCGACAUCACAGUAAACAGCGAGACACUUUCAGUGACGGCAAAUCUACAUGGAGCACUCACUGCGUUCCGACACCACCUCCUUCCAGGGAGGCCACAAGUACGACGACUCUGGGCUGAUGCCCUGUGCAUCAACCAAGACGAUGUACCAGAGCGCACUGCUCAGGUCGAGCUGAUGGGUUCCAUCUUCAAGGGCGCCCUCCGUGUUCUCGCUUGGCUUGGCUGGGAGGAAGGGGAAGAGGCUCGCCAACAUACGCUGAACGCCAUACGCUUUAUCCAUUCCUUCAUGGAAGACCCAGAGACCGGUCUUCAGGAAGCGCGAAUCCUCCUGCUUCACCACGACGUUUCCGUGACAGGUCCGCCAUCGCGUCUUGCCAUGCUGUCUGAGGACGACCGACGCCAGUUCGAGGACCAGGCUGGGAAGUGGGAGGCCGUCAAGUUCUUUUUUGAAACAAGAUAUUUCCAUCGCGCCUGGAUUGUCCAGGAGGUCGGACUUGCUCGCGAAGCCAUCUUAUAUACAGCACUCAAGCCGCCUGAUGAUUCCGAGAAUUGUAACAGUUUGCUGCUUGAUUCUAUCGACUGGCAGUUGGUUGGCCAGUUUGUCAAGUUCCUGGACUAUCGCGCUGCAUCUCUAGUGACUCACUUGGGUUUGAUGUCGUGGGUUGCACACCACAUCUGGAUGGUUUGGGAGAAAGCCGAGGACGGGACGCCGGAAUGUGAUUUUCUAACUGCCAUGCACUGGGUGCGCAUUCUCGGCGUGACGGACGCUCGGGACCGUGUCUACUCUUUGCUAGGACACCCGUGUGCGACCUUUGACGGGCAGCUCAUCAUCCACCCCAACUACACCGUUACGCGCGGGGUUGUAUACACACAACUAGCAGCCAACAUCAUCCUGAAGACGAAGGAUUUGUACGCCGUCACUCUUGUGGACCACGAGGUGGACCCAUGCGAACUAAAAAGAGAGUGGGAUCCAGGAGAUGAAAGCAGGAUGCCGAGCUGGGUGCCGGACUGGCACAGUAUCAACCGCACGACGCCGAUAGAUUGGGCGCAGCCUACCGCCGGUCCUGAGGAUAUCGGGAUCGAGAUUGAAGGAGGGAUAGAGGGAAUACAGGGUACCAUGAUGCCGCAUCUCCUCGUCCGGGGUUGGGUCGUGGACGAGAUUGUAGCCGUCUCCCACCGGAUGGAGACGACUGACUUUCCAGUGACCAACCUAACCCGAGAGAUGGCCAAGGGGAAUCCCUUCUGGCUCGACCGGGUCUGGGACUUGGUGUUUCCUCCGGAUAGGCGCGAGGGAUGCGAUGCGCUAACAGUGCUGGAGGCGCUGUCGUUAGCAUUGCCAUUCGGUACAAGGGAAAAAGACCAACCAGCGAGCAAAGUAGGACCGCAGCAGAACCUGGCGGAGCACCAACGGUCCUUUGCCGCCUACGUCCUCGACUACCACAACCUGCGGCAGACUAUUGCCAGCGCGGAUGAUGGCGAGGGACUUGGUUAUGCGCCCCCUGGCUCGCUGUAUGACAGCCUGCCAGAGGAAGCGCGAGCCGAACUGCGGCGACGGGCCCAUGGAGCGACCAGUGAGGGGUUCCUUGAGUGCAUGACUUGGCCGUCGAUGUGCCGGGUGGUGUACCGCACGGCAUCGGGAAGCGUCGGUAUAGGAUCUCGCAUCACACGUCCAGGCGACCUCGUGUGCCGCGUGCCAGGUGCAAGGGUGUUGAUGACACUGCGCCAGAUCGCGGGCUACAACGACGGUCCCAGCACCAUUCCCUGUGUCUUUGUCGCGCCAACAAUCGUCCCAGCACGCAUGAAAAUGAGUGAUGAGGAUUUUAGCGAAAAUUCAGUCCGUUUUCGAAUUAUAUAAGCUUAUAUGCCUGACCCUGGCAAACCCAGGCCAGUUCGAUAUAAGUGGAACCCGAAAAGAAUGUUAAGGGCUCAAUCCCACGCCCUAGCAACAUGCACCCUCCGAGGAACAAGCUGAGCCGCCAUACCUCAGCGCUACUCGUCAUAAUAAG